AUGAACCCAUGCUUUUCCAAGAUGUGCAAUAGCUAUGAGUAUCCCAUGUCCUUCGAGCAAUUGCUGAAGGACUUUCUGAAUGGAGAGUUGCCCCGUGGCUCCUGGUUCGAAUAUGUCCAAGGCUGCAUGGAGAUGAAGGACAUGGAGAAUUUCAUCACCUACGAAGAGCUGAAGCAGGACCUGCCUGGCAGUGUGAGACAUCUCUGCCAGUUCCUGGGGCAGGAUUUGGAUGACGAGGCCGUCUCCUCAGUGGUACAAAAUGCCUCCUUCACAGCCAUGCAGGAGAACCCAAUGUGCAGCUCCAUCCUGCUCCCUGCAGACAUCACGGACCAGACAAAGGGCCAGUUCCUGAGGAAGGGCAUCUGUGGAGACUGGGAGAACCAUUUCACAGUGGCGCAGAGCGAGACCUUCGGCAGGAUCUACCGGGACAGGAUGCAGGGCCUGAACAUGACCUUUCCCUGGGACAGGCAUUGGGAUUUGUCCCUAUCGGGAA